AUGGGCUCACCGGAGAUCCACUCCGGCGCGAGGUAGCCUCUGGUUCCUCUCAUGGUGGUCAGCACGCGGCUGAAGUCCCUCCUCACGAGCUUCGCCAGGCCGAAAUCAGCCACCUUGGGGACGAACUCUCCGUCGAGGAGAAUGUUCUCCGGCUUGAUGUCGCAGUGGAUGAUGCAGUCCCUGCAGCUCUCAUGGAGAUAAGCCAGCCCCCUUGCGAUCCCCAGGAUUAUCUGGUACCUCGUCUUCCACCCCACCGUCGGCGCUGCCUGGUCUCCGAACAGAGUGUGGUCCAGUGAACCUCCGGGCAUGUAAUCGUAGACCAACAGCCUCCUCGAGCGAUCCGAGCAAAACCCUCGGAGGCGAACUAGGUUGACGUGCUGGAUCGUUCCAAUGGUGCUCACCUCCGUGCGGAACUGCUUCUCCCCUUGCCUGAUCCCCUCCAGCUUCUUGACGGCAACGACGUUGCCCUCCGCCAUCGUCCCCAAGAACACCGACCCGAAUCCUCCUCCUCCGAGCUUCUCGGAGAAGUUCUUCGUCAUCCGGCGGAGAUCACCGUACCAGAAGGCGACCAGGCCGCCGUCCGCCACUCGCAGCGCACUGAACCGCCGCCUCCGCCGUCGCCUCCACAGCAGCGCCAACAAGGUGACCAUCAGAGCCCCCACCGCUACCGCCGCCCCCACCGCAGCCCCUACGAUCUUCCCCUCGCCGGACUUUGAACCUGUAAACUCGGAAGCUGCCAGGCGGAGGAAGAGUCUUCCUCCGUGGUCGCCCAGCUGCCGCAGAUUGGCCAGCCCCCCAUACCAGACAGAGCACCCGCCGUCGAAGGCGUAG